AGAGCGAAACACGACACCCCGACAGAGGAAGGGGGGGUUGAGAGAACACGAAGUGAGUGAGUGGAAAAAGAAAAAGUCUGUGCCGGAGAAAGAGAGGGGCAGAGAAAGAACAGAGUUGGCUUUGGUACUUUUGUUCCCUUCAGAAGCGCCGCUGUUUUGACUGUCGGUGAGGAUGAUGAUGGUGAUGAUGAUGUGGAGGAGGAAUCGACCAUGCGACAUCGUUGCAACGAACGGGAUGAAGAUUUAGACUCGUCGCAUUCCGUUGCUCCAGCACCGACCAACGGCGGCACGACUCUUCCAAACUUCGACCUGCGCCAUUCAGACCCGGGCGACUGGAUUUCCCCCCCAGAGACUCGGGGCAACUUUUCGCAUCAGAAGCCCCCGUGCUGAAAAAGAAAUACUCCGGCACAAAGUUUUGUUUUUUUAACCAAACGUCGAUGAGUCGAGAUAAAAAGCAGAACCUCAUGCGAAGUUAACAGAGUGGUUUUCUUUAACUUAGGAGUCGAGCUCGUAGUCGGGGCAGGUUCUUUCUAACGAGCCUCUUGUGAGAACAACACCGGAGGAAGGAGUGGGGUGUCACUGCUAACUUGGCUAAAGGCUAGCUAACUAACGUCUAAAGUUACCAGCCGACGGGGAAAGUGACCGAAGCGGCUCACCGAAGACGGCAACAAAGAUGAAAACCCCGGCGGACACGGGGUUUGCUUUCCCGGAGUGGGCCUACAAGCCCGAGUCAAGCCCAGGCUCCAGGCAGAUCCAGCUGUGGCACUUCAUCCUGGAGCUGCUGAGGAAGGAGGAGUACCACGACGUCAUCGCCUGGCAGGGAGACUAUGGAGAGUUUGUCAUCAAGGACCCAGACGAGGUGGCCCGCUUAUGGGGGGCCAGGAAGUGCAAACCGCAGAUGAACUACGACAAGCUCAGCCGAGCUCUAAGAUACUACUACAACAAGAGGAUCCUCCAUAAGACCAAAGGGAAGAGGUUCACCUACAAGUUCAACUUCAACAAAUUAGUGCUGGUCAACUACCCGUUCAUCGACAUGGGCUCUGGUCGAGGAGUUCCUCAGAGUGCUCCUCCAGUCCCAACCGGAGGCACUCACUUCCGUUUCCCCCCCUCCACGCCAUCAGAAGUCCUCUCAUCCAGUGAGGAGUUACGCAGUCCGGGCAUGUUCAGCAGCGUGGCCCGUCGAAUGGCUCGAGGAUCUGUGAGCGACUGCAGCGAUGGCACCUCCACUAACUCAGAGCUGGAGGAGGCUGUGGGGGCGGAUGAGCGAGGCGUGGGGCCUGAGAGGGCAUUCAGGGGUCUGCUGCCUCCCCGCCUGCCUCACGAUUCUCUCUUCAGGGUCUAUGGUGGGGCCCCAAACCCAGCAGGGCUCCCCAGACCUGCCCCCAGGGUCCACCCCGAGCCUCUGUCCCCGUUCCCCGUGUCCCCCCUGCCUGGCCCGGGGGGUCUUCUGGCCCCAACUCUGUCCCCAGCCUUGUCCAUGACUCCCACACCCCACCUGCCCUACACCCCAUCCCCCUCCUUGUCCUCUCCAAUGAUGGGCUCCCACUUUUCCUUCAACCCAGAGGAUAUGAAGCACUACCUGCAGGCCCACACCCAGUCUGUCUACAACUACCACCUCAGCCCCCGAGCUUUCCUCCACUACCCCAACAUUGUCAUCCCUCAGCCCCACCGCCCCACCUUGGAGAAACCGGCCACCCAUCACCUGCACGGCCCGCCCCUGCCACUCUCUCAUUCGCUCAGCCAGCAUCCGGGAGGCGGAGAGGAGGGGCAACAGCACCCAUCUCCAUUCAAGUUCAAGCUGCAGCCUCCUCCACUUGGGCGCAAACAGAGGGAAUCAGGAAGCUCAUUGGCUGCUUCUGCUUCCUCUUCCUCCUCCAGCCAGCCCUCCUCAUUCACAGGCUCUGGGCAGAUAACUAACUCUGCCCUGGCUGCAGGGCCUCCUAAGAUCAAGGUGGAGCCCAUAUCAGACAUCGAGUCAGAGGAGGAGGUGGAGGUGACUGACAUCAGUGAGGAAGACGAGCUGAAUCAUAACGACGAGGAUGACGAAGGUGACAUCUUUACCCCGCCAGCUCGUCAUCGUCAUCACCAGCUCAACAACCAUCACCAGGCUAACGGGAACGGCAGCAGCCCCUCUGCUCCUCUUCCUCCACACAGUAACCACGACGAUGAGCCUGACGAUGACGAGGACGUCUUCAAGACUCCUGCCACUCCUCCCAUUGGCAGUGCCGGCCUGGCCUUCCCUCUGAUUGGCCUGAAGACCGAGCCAGGCCAGGCAGCUCCCAUCAGCCCCGGGGGCACGCGCUGCAUCCCGCUCAAACUCCGCUUCAAACGCCGCUGGAGCGAAGACCAGAAGAUGGAGGCGGACGGAGAGAGGGAAGAGGCGGAGGACAAGAAAGUGAGAGCUGAGGGAGAGGAGGAGAUGGAGGGGAAGACAGGGGAGGAGGGGAGGAGAGGAGGGGAGGUGGAAAAUGGGGGAGGAAGAGGAGGUGUUAUUUUGGGGUUGAUGCUGCCUCCCACCCAGCGUAGAGCGAGCUCGGAGCUGCAGAGGGCUACGGCGCAGCUGUCUCUGGAGAACACUGGCUGCUGAGCUUCACGUGUGCACACACACACACACACACACAGAGGAUCCUACGUAGAUACGAAACACACACCUCUGGGAGUCUUGUUAACAAGUUUCAUAGUUUUAUGUAGACCAUAAUGCCUUGUGGGCACUUGUCUACAGUAUAGUGGCCGUACACACAGAAAAAAUGGAGACAAAAGCUGAAAGGUCAUUGGAUAAACACAAUUUCAUGUUCUUUGUUGUAUAUCUGGAUAUGUACAUUUAUCCUAUGUAGGAAAUUGUUUUUUUUGUGCAAUAAUUAAAGGAGUUGUCGGGCACUUUUUACUGACCUCACAGCCCCACUCACUCCUUAAAUUACUUAACAGAACACAAAAUAAUUUCCUGCGUAGGCUCGAUCUGCAUGUUCACGAGGAAGUAAAGAACAAGCCGGAUGUGUCAGCCCAUGAGUUCACCUUUCAGAUUUUGUCACUGCUUUUGCAGAAUCACUAACUUUGGUCAGUACUGUCAGCAAGUCGCCGCAGAGUGUUGUGAGCUAUGUAACACACCGUGAAACAUAGAUGUGCCUGUGUAGCCUCAAGUGUACUGCAAGGCAAGACACCUCUGUGCCCCUGGUACCUUAUCAAACACAGACGCAGCAGUGCUUCUGCUGUGACUUACAACACUAAGAGAUAACCAAACUUAGUCUGUUUGUUGACUUGUGUUCUGUUUUAAAAUUAGCGCUCUGCAGAGAGGGAGCCUGCUCUUAAUAUCUCUUAGGAAUUGCACACUGCCUUCUCAAUGCCUCCUCGCCCUCAUAGUGCCAGUUAUGCCUGUAAGUCUACCGGGGAUCACUUCGCAUCACACCUGUUCCCAGAUUAUGUCUUUAUUAGGAUUUAAUGGGUGUUAUUUGUUUGUCUGGUACAGUGAAACGAAUCACAUCCUUCUCUUUAAAAGAGCACCAAGGCAGCCUGAAUUGUACAGCAGUAGAUAGAAUGAAUUUUCUCACUCAUGUCUGGCUCGCUCGGAGGUAGUGAGCCCUUUUCAUAACUUCCCUGUCUUUCUUUUUCUCCUUCGUAUUCACCAUAACCGACGGACAGAUCCUGAUGUUACUAAAAACACUUGUAACAGCCCUGAUAGAGAUUACAGAAGUGCCUCUCUGUCUGCAUCCAUCACCAUGCAGUCGUUUACAAGGUGGAGGCCAGUGAGCAUAAAAAAAAAAUCUAAUUAAAAAAAAAAAAACUGAGACCUCGCAACGAUGGAUCUUAAGAGGAUUUGAAGAGGGUUUUUUUUUUCCCUUUCAAGAGGUGAUUGGAAAGAACUCUUCAAUCACAGCCUUUUCUCCCGGAAGCAGCUCGGACUGUGUCGGGUCCAGACUGAGUGCUCUCUUCAUCCUCAGCUCAUUCACUACAGUGCAUAAAGACAUGAAAUGAGGAUUUGUACAUCUCGAGGGCAGACAAACUAAGCCUGAGGAGGAGAGGUGGAUUUUGAUGAACUGACUUUGACUUCUCAACCUCUGACCUCUGACCGCACGGACGGACAGACAGACGGACGGCAUCGUUAGCCAGUUGUUAGCGAGCGAAUGGACCCGGUUCCCACUGUACAGAAAAAAACCACCCGGAUAUCAGAGGAAAGCGUCCGAUCUUCUCUUCGCUUGUUGAGGUAAUGAGGAAGCAGCUGCAAACAAGGCUGUAAUUACACACACACUCGUCCCUGAAUGUGUGCGUGGACCCAAAUCUGGUGUAAAAACAUCAGGCCUCGAAGAAGCAGAGGGUGUCUCAGCAUUUCGCGUUCCCUGCGUGACUUCGCACGGUCUUUGAGGAGGUUUGGAGGGCGCUCGAAGUGUUUUCUCCCUCCAACAUGAAGAUCAACAGCUCUCUUCUGCAUUCCCCCUGUUUAUUUUUAAAGACUGCGUUCUUUCUGUCAAAGGACGCUUGUGCCUCCUAAGGACAUGGACAGUAUUUUAGGGCAUUUGCAGUGAUCUGAGGGCUUUCUGUGUUUUGGAGAUAAUAGCCGAAUCUGUUCAUGUGAUGUUUUGGGAAGCGACGAUUGAAGCGAACUGAUUUGUCUGGGAGAGAACGGGAACCAUGUAAUGAAUGUCGAGCAUCAAGGUUAACUCAGGCAAACCUUCACUGAGAUAAUGAGAAACAACUUAUUUUUAUGAUGUUUUAUUCAUAGAGAAAAAAAAAGAAAAGACGACAUUGCGCCCAUUUUAAUGAACAAACAAUUCCAAAUAAGAUUGUGCCUUUUUUAAGCCAACAUGAGUUUUAUCAAGGACCCCCAGCAAAAUAUUUUAACACACACACAUACACACAUAUACACACACACACACACACACACACACACACACACACAGUACCACCAUGCCUUCUGUUUUUGUAAAAGAGAGAUACAGAAUAAGUAAAUAUAUAUUGAAUUCAAAUAUUAUAUUUCAAUAUGGUCAUUUGAUACAAAUCAGGAAAAUCCUACUAUUUUUAAUGGUAAAGAUAUGUAUAUAUUCUAAUGGGCAUAUUAUUACCAGUAUAAUUCAGCCUUUGCCUUCUCACCCUUGCCUUCUCUUGACCGUUGAGCUGCAGUGGAAAAGGCCACCGGUAUCAGAGUUUUAUAUUUAUAUUGUAAAAAUGAAAAAACAGUCAUUGUGUAUUCAGUGGACGGAGGGUGUGACGGGACAAGGAUAAACGAGCGAGCACGAACAAUUUAAGCAGACCUGAGUCGAGUCGUAUUUACCUUGUGAGUGGGCGUGUUUGUUUUAACAUUCAAGGAGUAGCGGCCCAGGUGGGGUUUACCUAAUCAGGACAGAGUCGAGCUGUCCGUCACAGAAAGGUAAAUUUAAGUUUCAAGCUCUUUUGUCUCCGCUGGCUUUUGUCCCACCCGGUAAACCCCACCCGCCUGGAUCUAAGGCUCCCAAAUCAUGUGCAGCCACUGUUUGACCCAGAUCUGUUUAAAAACCGCGGAGGCGCAGGUCGUAACGGGGGAGCCGGAAACAGGCUCGCGUGUUCAGAGCAGACAGAUUCUGAUUGGACGACACAGAUAUGCGGCAGGUUUUCACUUCACCUCGCAAAGCCAGCAGAGCCACAGCUGCUGAUACGAUCGGACUUUGGUUUGAGUGUGGACUGUGGACUCGAGCAGCUUUGUGUGUGAACCGAGUGUAUGGGCCGGUCUCACACACACACACACACACACACACACACACACACACACACCCCAUCCUGGUUAGAGACGGGCUUUACUGUGGCUAAAAUAAAGAGAAACUUGACAUCAGAAGUGACAUCAGACGCCCCCACAGUCUCUAGAGUAGACGGCAUAGCCAUACACACUACACACACUUUUACACACAUUUACUGACACAUACACACACACACACACGGAGGAAAUUGCAUCACAAAACCUCAGAGUGGAGUGGAGAGAGAGGGACUUCCCAUAAUAUGACUCGCCCGCUCUGCUCAGUGUUUGUGCGUGCAGUUGUGUGUGUGUGAACGUGUGGUUUGUGUGGUUAUGCCUUCAACACACACACACACACACAUAUAUAAAUCUAUUCAACACAGCCUGCAGAGAGUCUCAGUCCUGGGUUGUUUAGUUCCAGUUUUCUAGUCCAGAUUAACCAGCUCCAGUCUCAUGUCUGUGUCCUCACAGCUCACAUUGUCAUUUUGAAAUUAUUUUUCUUCUCCAGGCACAAAGAAACGUACAUUUGUCCUUCCACGUGCUUGUUAACAUGAUCAACAUUCCUUCAUUCAAAAAACAAAAAUUAAAAAAAUAAAAACAGGGUCAAACCUCCCACUUGCUGUCGGUGGAGACGCUAAAAGUGCCAGCAAAAACAUCUUUAAGGACCGAAGUAGCAGUUGACAAGUGUCUGGUAAAGAAACAUAAAAAAACACAGAGCUGUACCUGAACUGUUACACCUGUGCUGCCUUACCUGUCGUGGCUUCAACAACAAAACACAGGAGAGAAUAACUGUUUCCCCACCGGGUUGAUAUUUGCACCCCUCGAUUUCAUUGAUGCUGUUCUUAUCAUUUUCUUCUGUAUGUUUCCAGACGUAUUACUGUUACUCUUGUAAUUAUUAUAUUAUUAACAUGACUAUUUUUGAUUAUUUUGUACCCUCUUGCCAUGGCCCGGCCUCUUCUCCAUGAAUUCCUGGUUUUUCUGUGAGUUUUUGUUCCAGUUUGCACUCUUCUCCAUGAACUUUGACUUUUCAACUUCAGUGCAGUCUUUUCUGUUUUGUUUUUUUUUUUUUACUCACACUGAUUUUAUAACCAUGUUACCAUAGACAAGAGGAGGGUCACAUAUCCCCCACAUGAUAUACAGCGGGGGAACAAAACAAUUGUUUUCAUUUUUUGAUGUUGUGUAUAUAUAUUUUUUCCAUUUUGGAGGAUUCUGUAAGAAAAGAGCAUUGUACUGUUUAACCAUUGUAUUAUUUGAAAUGCAUCCCCCCUGUCCUCUCUCUGGACGUCUCUGUCUCUCCUCUCGUGUCCACCUAGGCGGUGAGCAGUCGCUCCAGAGGAGAGACAGAGACUUUUCUUUUUAUCACAGAGGAAGCACCUGUACUUCUGUUUCUCUUCUAUCUGUUCAUCUUCAUUUGUAAUUAAACAAUAAUCAGGGUUCAUUAAAAAAAGGUAAAAACGGA